UUCUUUUAACUGAAAUCUCCUUUGCAUUAAGAUGUGCAAUGUGAGCUCAACUUGAUUUGUAAAGUGAGAAGAUGACUGCAUUAAGAGGGAGUGGGUGUGGACUUUUUGGACUACAAUGGCCAUUUCAUGAUGUCCCAAAGGCAAUCAGAAGGAAAGUUAAAGGAGGUAAUAUUGAUGUACAUCCAUCAGAAAAAGCACUUAUUGUUCAGUAUGAAGUGGAAGCUACCAUUCUUGGAGAAAUGGGUGAUCCCAUGUUGGGAGAACGAAAGGAAUGCCAAAAAAUUAUUCGUCUGAAGGGUCUCAAUGCCAACACAGAUAUAACUUCCCUAGCACGGAAGGUGGUUGAAGAAUGUAAACUUAUUCAUCCCUCAAAACUAAAUGAAGUAGAACAGCUGUUGUAUUACCUGCAGAACCGUCGGGAUUCAUUGUCAGGAAAAGAAAAAAAAGAAAAAUCAAACAAACCUAAAGAUCCACCUCCUUUUGAAGGAACUGAGAUUGAUGAAGUUGCCAACAUUAAUGACAUGGAUGAAUACCUUGAGUUACUGUAUGAAGAUAUUCCUGACAAGGUUCGGGGUUCUGCUCUGAUCCUACAGCUUGCUCGAAAUCCUGAUAACUUGGAAGAACUACUAUUGAAUGAAACUGCUCUUGGUGCACUAGCAAGAGUCCUGAGAGAAGACUGGAAGCAAAGUGUUGAGUUAGCUACAAACAUAAUUUACAUCUUUUUUUGCUUUUCCAGCUUUUCUCAGUUUCAUGGAGUAAUCACUCACUAUAAAAUUGGAGCUCUGUGUAUGAAUAUCAUUGAUCAUGAGCUAAAAAGACACGAGCUUUGGCAAGAAGAACUUUCUAAGAAGAAGAAGGCUGUCGAUGAAGACCUUGAAAACCAAACCGUGAAAAAGGAUUAUGAGAAAGCUUUUAAAAAGUACCAGGGACUUGUGGUAAAACAAGAACAGCUAUUGAGAGUUGCUCUUUAUUUGCUUCUGAAUCUGGCAGAGGAUACUCGUACAGAACUGAAGAUGAGGAAUAAGAAUAUAGUUCACAUGUUGGUGAAAGCUCUCGAUCGGGACAAUUUUGAGCUGCUUAUUCUAGUUGUAACAUUCUUAAAGAAACUCAGCAUUUUUAUGGAGAAUAAAAAUGAUAUGGUGGAAAUGGAUAUUGUUGAAAAACUGGUAAAACUCAUACCAUGUGAGCAUGAAGAUUUACUAAAUAUCACUCUCCGGCUUUUGCUAAACCUGUCCUUUGACACAGGACUGAGGAAUAAGAUGGUACAAGUUGGACUUCUUCCAAAACUCACUGCACUCCUAGGCAAUGAAAACUACAAACAAAUAGCGAUAUGUGUGCUUUACCACAUAAGCAUGGAUGAUCGCUUUAAGUCAAUGUUCGCAUACACUGACUGUAUACCACAAUUAAUGAAGAUGCUCUUUGAAUGUUCAGAUGAACGAAUUGAUUUGGAACUCAUUUCCCUCUGCAUUAAUCUUGCUGCUAAUAAGAGGAAUGUACAGCUGAUCUGUGACGGAAAUGGGCUGAAGAUGCUCAUGAAAAGGGCUCUGAAGCUCAAGGAUCCUUUGCUCAUGAAAAUGAUUAGAAAUAUUUCCCAGCAUGAUGGACCAACCAAAAAUCUGUUUAUUGAUUAUGUUGGGGACCUUGCAGCCCAAAUCUCUAAUGAUGAAGAGGAAGAAUUUGUGAUCGAAUGUUUGGGAACUCUGGCAAAUUUGACCAUUCCAGACUUAGACUGGGAACUGGUUCUUAAAGAGUACAAGUUGGUUCCAUACCUCAAGGAUAAACUAAAACCAGGUGCUGCUGAAGAUGACCUUGUUUUAGAAGUGGUUAUAAUGAUUGGAACUGUAUCUAUGGAUGAUUCUUGUGCAGCAUUGCUAGCUAAAUCUGGAAUAAUUCCUGCCCUUAUUGAAUUGCUAAAUGCUCAACAAGAAGAUGAUGAAUUUGUGUGUCAGAUAAUUUAUGUCUUCUACCAGAUGGUUUUCCACCAAGCCACGAGAGAUGUCAUAAUCAAGGAAACGCAAGCUCCAGCAUAUCUCAUAGAUCUGAUGCAUGAUAAAAAUAAUGAAAUCCGAAAAGUCUGUGAUAAUACACUAGAUAUUAUUGCGGAGUAUGAUGAUGAAUGGGCAAAGAAAAUUCAGAGAGAAAAGUUUUGCUGGCAUAACUCUCAGUGGCUGGAGAUGGUAGAGAGUCGUCAAAUGGAUGAGAGUGAGCAGUACUUGUAUGGUGAUGAUCGAAUUGAGCCAUAUAUCCAUGAAGGAGAUAUUCUAGAAAGACCUGACCUUUUCUACAGCCCAGAUGGAUUAAUUGCCACUGAAGGAGCCAUAAGUCCAGAUUUCUUCAAUGAUUAUCACCUUCAGAAUGGAGAUGUAGUUGGACAGCAUUCAUUUCCUGGCAGAUACUGCCAAUCUAAAGAAAGUAGACUGCUACUAAUGUAUGCAUCACUUAUGUGAGGAAGACUUGCUUUUAUUUUUUAUAUAAUUAUGUGACUUUAAAGAAACUACUAAAAUUGAAUAUACAGAAUAACCUUAUGAGCCCAAUUGAGGAAAAUCUUUCAUUUGGGGCUUUUGAAAAUGAUCAUUUUAUAAAAUAAUGAAAAUGUUUUCAGAGGUUCAUUUUAGUGACUAAUAGUGACUAAGUUAAGAAUUAGGUCCAAAAAGUCAGAAUUUUCUCAGUUCUGUUAAUAAUUAUUUUCAAUUACUUUGAGAACAUCUUUUGUGAACCUUCACUUCAUUUUCAAGGGUAAAACUAUUUAAAUAGCUUCUUUUACUUCAUAAAAGACAUAUCAAGGUAAUAUUCACUUAAAGGAUUAGUUAAUAAAACAGAUUAUUUUUCAAAUCUAAGGAGUAAUAUAUUUAACAUAAUCAUUUUGUUUUGAAAAUUAUCCUUUAAAAAGAUCUUCCUCUGAGAAAGUUAAGUCCUUCAUCUCACUUUUGAGGCUUUAACUCUUGUAACUGUUACUUAUUCUUUUUUUAUUUCCAGGAUAAUUUAAAUUUACAAUUAGUUUACUCAAGUGUUUGUGGGUAAUAGAUCAAACUAAUAGUUCAAUUGUAUCAGCAGAGAUAUGGAGGAUACAGUGUAACCAAAGAUACAUACUGUUUAUACAUUUUGUUUUAUUGAUCUGCAUUGGAAUUAUUUUUUCAUUUAUUCAGUCAUUUUUGGCUAGUGAAGACUCCCUUGAUACUAACAAUUCAUGGAUCUAGCAUAUUUUUUAAUUCUGCAGAGACUUAAAUAUUUUAAGUUGCUUCAUAAUUAUUCACAUAUUUUGUAUCAUUUCGCUGAUGUCCAUAUGUAAAAUUUUAAACUAGAACCUUUCAGCUUCUGAUAUAUAGUAGGUAAAUUUAAAAUUAGUUAAUAACAUUGACUCAAACCACUGCUGUUGAGAUUUUUCAUUUUAACAGAUUUUAAAUUACUCAAAUGUUUUAAUAUUUAAUUUUUCCAAGAAAUGUUAAGUUAAUUAAACAGAAGUUAGUGAUUCCUAUUUAUCUCUGCUGUAAAGAUAAAAAUAAGAUUUUAUGGACACCAUAAAGACUUUAGGAUAGCUGAAAAAGUAAUGCCUCAGUUGAAUUUAAAAUACUGAAAAACUGAUUCUCUAAAUACCUUUAAAAAGAGGAAGUAUUAGAUAUUGAGAGGUUUUUUCUUUUAGGUUUUGUUUUUUCCUACUUGAAUCGCAGAAGAGGUUCAGAUGACUUACACGUUCUUUCCUUGCUUCUUUAUCAUAUGUCUUUGGUAAAAAAGCAUGGCUGUUAUGUGGGGAAAAGAUAUAAAUGGUUAAUGUAUAAACAGUGAAUUUCUAUCAUUACUAUUGAAAUGAUUUGAGUGGCAAUGGUAUGUGAGAUGAAAUGGAGAAUAGGUUGUGUGACAGGGCCAAGUGGCAUGCUCUUCACGUAGCUCUCAGGGCUCUUUGGAGAGCUCUUUGUUGUUUUUUAAACAUUUCAGUGUGAGUGAAUCGAUAUAAAAUAGGUGACCCCAAAUUCCUACAACUGCUGAUUUGAAUGUCACGACGGUUUUUUAAUUGUUCAAAGAAAUUAUUUUUUCCUAAUGUCAAAUGUGUUCAAAUCCGAAAAACUAAGACAGAUUGAGAGAAGUGUUUAAACAGUUCAAAUUGGUGUUUUUCUUAAAAUCCAAGUGAAUGGCCCUUCUCAAUCUGCAUGCCUGCAUUUUUGUAAUAUAUCAAGGCAGUUUAAUUGGAAACAGUGAAAACUGCUAAACUCAUCAAUCUCAUUUUACAAGAGAGACUGAAUGUUUGAUAAAAUAGAUACUGGCAGUUGGACAGCGAAUCCUGGGUCUUAGACAUGCAUCGCUAUUGGUUUGAAUCCCUUGGCGCCAGGAUUUCCCGACAUUUAGAGCUAAUGCAAAAUGCAUUAGGGCUCCAAGGCAUUAGCUGAGGAGUUGCCAAUCCCAGAGAGUCAAAUGUAAAUCUCCCCCUCCCCAAAUCUCAACUGGUGUUAGAAAGUAAAGUGGAACUUGCUAUUGAAGCUAAUUAAAAAUAAUAGCAAGACUAGCUUUUUUCCUGUUAUGUACCAUGAAUCUGUACCAUAUUUUUGGACCAUUUUUUAUUAUAACUCUUACUUUUCAAGACUAACAAGAACCUCAUGUUGAGUAUUUUUAAACUGCUUCCAGCUUUUACAAAUCAGUUUUUGUUGCAGUAAAAAUGGUCCAUUUUCCUUUUAUAGGAAUCCAAUUUUCAUAAACUGGAAAAAAUUGCAGAGACUGCUUAGGUUUCCUUGGGUCUUUGAAAAACAUUUUUCAGAGAGACUAACAUUCUUGGUGGUUGGCAGAGUGAUGUCAUUUACUGACCGUUUCACUGAGGUCAAAGAUGAACUGGAUGUGUGCGUUAUCUGAGCUGUCUGAUUCAUACAGUUUCAUUUUCUAUGUGUAUGUUAUACCCUGGGGUUUUUUUUCCUUUCUUCGAGUACUUUAGUUAUUACCUUUUUGUGCAUUAAAUUUACUAUUAUACAUAAUAUGCUUUUCA